CGCUCGCCGCGCGUCGUCGCCUCUGAGGCCGCUGAGCCGCCGCCGACGCCCCAGGCCCCUGUCCCGGUCCCGGUCGGAGCUGCCGCCUCCGGACGGGCCCUACCAUGUCGGCCCAGGCACAGAUGCGGGCCCUGCUGGACCAGCUCAUGGGCACGGCCCGGGACGGUUCAGUGUAUCUUUGCCUGCCUACAUCAAUCUGCAAGGGAGUUGCAGAAAAGCCUCAUGUUCAUCGAGCCGAGAUGAAACCAGACAAAGGGUGAAGUUUACAGACGAUCGUGUGUGCAAGAGCCACCUUCUGGAUUGCUGUCCCCAUGAUAUCCUGGCAGGAACACGGAUGGACCUGGGUGAAUGUACAAAGAUCCAUGACUUGGCUCUGCGAGCAGAUUAUGAGAUUGCGAGUAAAGAGAGAGACCUGUUUUUUGAGCUGGAUGCGAUGGAUCACCUGGAAUCCUUCAUUGCAGAGUGUGACAGGAGAACAGAGCUGGCCAAGAAACGCCUGGCUGAGACACAGGAAGAGAUCAGUGCUGAAGUGUCUGCAAAGGCAGAGAAAGUACAUGAGCUGAAUGAAGAUAUUGGAAAACUCCUAGCUAAAGCUGAACAGCUGGGAGCUGAAGGAAAUGUUGAUGAAUCUCAAAAGAUCCUGAUGGAAGUGGAGAAAGUCCGAGCAAAAAAGAAAGAGGCAGAGGAAGAAUACCGAAAUUCAAUGCCUGCAUCCAGUUUCCAGCAGCAGAAGCUGCGAGUGUGUGAAGUCUGUUCAGCAUAUCUGGGUCUCCAUGACAACGACCGGCGUCUUGCUGACCACUUUGGAGGCAAAUUACACUUGGGUUUCAUUCAGAUUCGUGAGAAACUGGAUCAGCUGAGGAAAACAGUGGCAGAAAAGCAAGAGAAGAGAAACCAGGAUCGUUUGAGACGGAGAGAGGAGAGAGAACGAGAGGAGAGGAUGGGCAGACGGUCUGGAUCAAGAAAUAGAGAUCGUCGAAGAUCACGGUCUCGGGAGCGGAGGCGGAGACGCUCCAGAUCAGCUUCCCGGGAACGGCGCAAGUCUCGCUCGCGCUCCCGGGACCGACACAGGCGCCACCGGAGCCGCUCCCGCAGCCACAGCAGAGGGCACCGCCGGGGCUCCAGAGACAGGAGCUCAAAACACAAAUCUUCUAGAGAUCAAUCUUCAAGAGAAAAGUCCCGAGACAGAGAGAGGAAAGAGAAGAGCUCUUCUGAGAGGCGGCACGAGAGCACAAAUGGCAAAUCUCGUUCCAAGAGGUCAGAAGAGAGAGAAGCUGGCGAGAUCUGAACUCAAAAUGAUCUGUGUUGCACUGUAAAUAGUCUGAUAAACAUUCUACACAAAGCCUAAAUUUCCCAUUUAUAUUUACUGAAUACAACUCAUCUUUUGUAGUUUGGGAUUUUUAUUGUUUGGCAGAUAGCUGUGAGUUUGUAGACACACAGAGUUACGUACUGUUUAACAGGAUUUUGUUUUAGUAGGAAUAAAUAAAUCUGGAUGGUUGGUUUUCA